UUAAGAUGGCGCCCGCCACCAUACAGAAAAUUCGUGAUUCAAUCACUGGAAGAGACAGUAAAGACGAUUCAUUGAUAACAGAGAUUUCCGAUGCAACCACACUGAGCUGGUCCACAAGGAUCAAAGGAUUUAUCAUAUGUUUUAUUGUUGGUGUGUCUUUCUCCUUUCUGGGAAUGAUUUUGUUAUGGAGAGAUGUUAAAUUAUUUGCUGUAUUCUACUCGCUGGGUAAUAUAACAGCUCUUGCAAGCACAUGUUUUCUUAUGGGUCCUAUGAAACAGUUAAGAAAUAUGUUUAAAGAAAAGCGUCUAAUUGCCACCAUUGUAAUGCUGACCUGUCUGGUUCUGACUUUGUGUGCAGCUCUCUGGUGGAAAAACAAGGGACUGGCUUUGGUUUUCUGCAUUCUUCAGUACUUAGCCAUGACAUGGUACUGUCUUUCCUACAUUCCAUUUGCAAGAGAUGCGGUGAAAAAAUGUGUCACAAGCUGUAUGGCUUAAUAGUUUUUUUUUUUGACAAUGGAGAGGUCAACCACCAUGUUCAGAAUUUGUUCUUAGAGUUAAAAAUUAUUUUAAUGGUCAUGGUUGAUGUGAUGCUUAUAAUACCAUCCUUAAUAUCAAUUGAGCAUCCAGUUUCUUGGCUUUGUUGUUAUUGUGAUUGUGUUCCUAAAUUCUAUUAAUGUCUUUCCUGUUCCUGGUACCUUUGACAGGAAUUUAUCAUCCUGUGUCUGAUUUUGAUCUUCACAGAAAGGAAAAAAGAUAAUGAUUUUACCAGGAAAAUGUGAUAACACCCAUGAAAGAAUUUUACAUGCUCAUUGGCUGAGACCAUGCCAAUUUAUCCCAAACAUUACAAAAGUUACAAAUGAAUGCAAAAAGUUGAAAUUGAUGCAGAAAGUUGAAUUUAGUAAAUGUUUUUAGCAUGUAAUGAAAUAGUAACAUGUAAUGGAAUGCAGUUUGGAAUAAUAACCACAGGGGAAUUACUUGACAGUUCUUAUUUAUCCCAAAUUGCAUUUUGAAAUCAACAGUAUCCAGUGGGCAGUGAAUUCCACCAAACCCUGUCUGAUAUUUAACAAGACGUAACCCAUUGAAAUGAUAAUAAUCAUCAAUUUGCAGAUGAAUUAUUUUCCGUAACUUGGUUGAUAGAUUCUAAGCAGGUUAAAAUAAGAUCAAAAUUUGUACAAAAUUAAGAAAUCACAGAUCUACUAUAAUUCUAAGUUCUUAGCUUUGGUUAACAUUUUGAAAGUUCUGUUCGAUUUUAGAGUACUCCUGUAAACCAUAACAGAAAUUGACAUACACCAAUUAAGAUAUUGUAUCAUCAUAGAAAUUAAUGUGUCAAAUAGACUGCAGGUUUUAAAAACUUUGUCUGAUAUUUAACAAGGUAAUACUUAUUUUCUUAGUUACUUUAUAAACCUGGUUGAAGAAGUUGAGCAGGUUUAAGUAAGACUAAAAUUUGUUAAAUGUCCAUAGUAGCUGUCUUUGUUGGUCUUCAUUCAAUCUUUGGCUUUGAUUGUUUGUUUGUUUGCCUGAGAAUGGUACUGUACAUCACUUCAAGAUAUGAUAACAAACUGUCUUCAUAGUGAAAGAGGCUGUCAUAAUAUUUUAAGUGGCUUUACAGUACACCUAUUUGAAUCAUCGCCAUGUAGACAAAAGUGCAUUUGACGUGCUCUUUUUCAUAGCCAAAAAUGCUCUUUGUACAGUUUAUAUUGGCUUACCAUCUGAAAACAAAAGAUGUGUGAAUGGCUUUCACUGGCUGUGUUUGCAGAGUUUGAAUUACUGGGUAUUUCUAUGACCUACAACCAUGCAAACAUGGCCGAGAUGAACAGUUUGAACUUGACAUUUAAGCAACAUCAUUGUGGGAACUUGACAUUUAAGCAACAUCAUAGUGGGAACUUGACGUUUAAGCAACAUCAUCGUAUGAACUUGACAUUUAAGCAACCUUGUAGUGAGAACUUGACAUUCAAGUAACAUCAUAGUGUGCAGAAGUCAUAGGUCAAAGAACACCUAUGAUUUUAGCGUUUCAAACUCAUCAUUUGAAGGGUUGGAUUUGAGAAUGUUGUUCAUUUCUGCUCUCUGAUUGAUUUUCUUUAUCCUGGUGAUUACAGUGAUACAGAUAGUGCAGCAAGUGUCAGAGAAUUAUUUAUAAAAAUAACUAAAGGUAUAAAUAAACCAAAAUGGAACAAGGAUUUUUUGACAAAGUCAGGUUAAAUUUUACAAGUUCAAUUGAUUCUAACAUAGCUCCUGUAUGAGUUUACAAACAGCACUUUAGCUUGUGAGCAAGUUGUCUUAGGCACUCAGUUUGCUGUUUGUCCCUCAGCACUAGUGAGAGCAUGGGCACAGGGUAUGCUUAACAUAGACCGCAAACAUUCAAGGCACAAUUAUAGUAACUGCAAAUCUUACGCAUUGUAUGAAGAGGAAUUGGAAGAUUCCUUUUGUUGCAUCAAUUUCUUAUUCUCUGUUGUUAGCAAGUUGUAAUGUUCAAUGUAAAUAAAAUAAUUUGUUUGAUGAUAUUUUA